AUAUCAGCUCUCAAGUCACCAUCAUCACAAAGACCUUUCUGCGUUACAAACAACUGAGGGUGUUGUUGGACAGCAUCCGGAAAUUCUAUAGUGACAUUAAAGUGAUUAUUGCAGAUGACAGUUUACAACCAGAAAGCGUUACUGGAGAAAACAUCCAGCAUUACAUCAUGCCUCCAGCACAGGGCUGGUUUGCAGGCAGAAAUCUAGCUGUUUCCCAGGUAACAACCAAGUACUUUCUGUGGGUGGAUGAUGACUUUUUGUUUUCAGAGAAGACAAAGAUAGAGAAGCUUGUGGAGGUGAUGGAGGCGGUCCCUGAACUAGAUGUGGUUGGUGGGUCAGUACAAGGGAACCGCUUUUACUUUUCUAUUCUAUAUGAGGAAGGAGAUGAAAAUGAAGGUGGCUGCCUAUACAGGAAGUCUGGUGGAAAAUUCCACCGUCUUCCUGGUUACCCACAAUGCCAUUUGGCCAGUGGAGUGGUCAACUUCUUCCUGGCUCGUACAGAUGCCAUGCAGAGGGUGAGAUUUGACCCCAAGCUCCAGCGAGUAGCGCAUUCAGAGUUCUUCAUGGAUGGCCUGGGCUCUUUGAUGGUUGCCUCAUGUGGUGAUGUGAUAAUUGACCAUCAACCCAAAACACAGGAAAACCGUAAUCCUACCUACAACAAAUUCAGACACCCUGAAAGAAGUGAAGGCAAAUUCAAACUGCAGCUUCACUUUUUCAAAAACCACCUUAAGUGCAUUAGAUAUGGAUAGAAGACCAUAAACGCACAUAAGGGUCACUUAUUGUCAUUACAUAUUGCACUUAAUCUGAACAUUUUCGUCUCUUUCAUUUUACUUGUUUAGCCAUUACUCCAGGAAUGGCAGAGCUUGGGAUUCAUGUGAAUAAAGCUAUUUUUUCUUUCUGUUGGGUUUUAUUGUUCCUGAUUUUAUUUCUUUAUGAUUCUAUAGGCAGUUUGAUUUCUUAUGCUAUUGUUGAUAGGGUUAGUGUCAUAAGGUCAUGUUUUUAUUGUUAAUCUAAUAUAUCUAGUAAUAACACAAUAGUUUGAGUUCCUCUUAUUGCCUUGUUUUUAUGGAGUGCUGGAUGCUGUUCUAGUUUAGAAUACUUGAUUUUUCAUUCAGUUUCAGGUCCUACUUUGAAUAUGUUUAUGUUUAGUUUC